AUGGUUCACCAACUUUCUACUAAUGAGAAAGAAUCAAAAAGGUUAUCUUCGUUAGAACAACGUGUAGAAGAAUUAGAAUAUACAUUCUUAAGAACUGCUAAUACCAUUUUAGAGGCGAAAGUCGCCGAGUUAGAAAUUUCUUUAAAAGAGUCAAAUGAGGAGCGCGAUAAAUUACGAAAAUUGUUGGCUGAAACGGAAAUUACCGAGAGAAAGGAUGUUUCCGAUUUCGAUGCUGAAAAUGUUUGUGAAGAUGUUUGUGAAGAUGUUUAUGAAGAUGUUUGUGAUGAUAUUUGCGAAGAUAUUUGUGAAGAUGUUUGUGAAGAUGUUUGUGAAGACAUUGGUUCGGACGGAGCAGACGAUGGUUCCGAAAAUUCUAAAAUCUUAAAAAAAAAUGUUGAGGAUAAAGGAUUUGAACGUGUAUAUGGUCGUAUAUUAAAACUUGUUAACAACAUGAAGUCUGAGUGUACCAAGGCUAUCCAUUCUAAAAUUCCCACUUCAAGUUUACCGAAGUUUGGAUCUCCAAAAUUUUCUAGCCCAUUUGGCUCUCCAUUUGGCUCUCCAUUUGGCUCUUCAUUUAGCUCUCCAAAGACUCCUCCCGCUAGUCCUUUCACACCAAUGUCUUCAAAAAUGCCUGUUCAUUCAAGAGCAUCCAGCGUGUCAGCUUCUUUUAUCCCUUCAAGACCCAAUACACCCAAUACACCCAAUACGCCUUCUAGUAGUAUUAAAUCAUCAAGUAUUCCUAGUAGUCCAAUAACACCACCUGCAAGGCUUCCGGCUCCAUUGAAAAUACAAAAUUUGCCAUCCUCAAAUUCCACACCAAAUACCAUUCGUUCUCCUACAACUCCUGUUAAUUCUUUAAGUAACCCUGCGAUUCAACAAAGUUUAAGGAUGUUAUCAAGAUCAAGAACACCAAGUUUAACAAAUUUAUCUUCAAGUUUUAAUUAUGAUUCUUCGAUCCCCAGCCCUCUUAGUACACAGUCUUUCCAAUCACAUAAUGGAAUCUCCUCGAUACCAAACAUUCACUCUAAUAUUCCGUCUGGUCUUGCACAAAAACCCGCUAAUACCAGCACACUACUUAUGCAUGAUCGUGCUAAAAACAAAUAUUCACAAAAUUGUUCCAACCUUACUCAAUCUACUACAUCAUCUCAAGCAAUUAAAGUAUAG